GUCACCGCGUACUUUACGUCACCGGAAGUAGACGGCGGCGGUUGCGGGACAGUAUUUUGAACAAUAUAAACCUCCACUGCAGCAUAUUUUACAAGAAAAUCGUCGUUUUACGACAAAAUCAUCUGUAUUAAAGACAUAAAAUGAAGCGCGUCUCGCCAACGGUCUGUAUUUAAAUUGUUAUUAUAUAAAUCGUGAUAAAAGUACGUUAACUGAUAUAAAUAGCCUAUAAGGUUCGAAUAGUGGCAAAGUAAAAUGUAAACAAAGGUAAAUAUGAUGUAUUUAAUUACGUACAAAUAUUCCUUGGACUUCUUCAAACCAAAGCUCUCAUAAACGGACAAACCUGAUAUACAUUUCAUCCACUAUAUUACGAUUCAAAUGAUGUUUAAUAAUAAUCCAUAAACAUGGAUCCAUAUAGCAACUGAUGUGACAGAUCAUGUGUGUGAUUGGCUCAUCAUGGACGACUCGGAUCAGGACUUCACCGACCUCUGCUCUCGUCUCCUUAAAAGAGUGAGGAGGAAAGGAGCAGGAGGAUCUGGAGAUGAGAAAAGAUCAGCAACCAAGGAUGAGGAGCCAUCCUCCCCCUCUUCUAGAAGAAACCCCCCGAAAAGGAGAAAGAAGAAGGAUGCUGCUAAGACUGAACUAAAGAGUAACAUCAACAGGACUCAGGCUGUAGUGUCUGGCGAUGUUUCCCAGCCCGUCGCUGAUGUGUCUGGCACAGGGAAGGUCAAAGAUGCCGUGAUCCGCAGAAUGCAACAGUUUAAGAGAGCCAGUCCAGAGAAACUCCUACAUGCAGAAACCAACCAACCCACAUCCACAGAGUCUCAGGGAAACUAUCCCACCACUGCCGGGAUCCAGCACACAGAUGUGAGUGGAGAUGAAGCCCUGGCUCUUCAGCUCCAGCAGGAGAUGGAUCGUGAGGCUCGGGCUGUUGGGGACGUGGAAGAGGCGGGAUUGUUCUUCUGCCAGCUCUGUCAGAAAGAUCUGUCAAGCAUGAGUCCCCCUCUACGCACUCAGCACAUCAACAGAUGUCUGGAUGCCAAUGAGAGCAGCGCUCCCUCACCAUCCCAUCAUUCCCACCCUAGACCACGGGUCCCAGAGUGUCCCAUUUGCGGAAAGAGUUUUAAAUCAGAAAAAAGCCGGUCUGUCCACCUGAAGCGUUGCUCGACUGAUAUGGGUGUGAAGCCCAAUGAUCUUCUUCAGGCUCUGAGGAGACAAGCUGCUGAGACUGUGAGCCACAACACCGACCAAUCACGACAAGUAAGUGGCACAACAAGGAGGGAUAGUGUGCCUGUGAAAAAGAGGACCAGGAGGAAAGCCCAGAAGAUGGACGAGGACACCAUGAUGGCGCUGGCUCUGUCCCGCUCUCUACUUGAGCAGGAAAUGGAAAAGGUGCGAGAGGUUGAGGAGGAGAGGGAGAUACUGGCUCAGCUCUCCAGCCCUCCUGCAACGACGGCUCCUGUAUUACAGUGGAGACCUGGUGCAGGUAAGGGCCGUGGAAAGAGAAGGAAGGGAGCGUCUCCUGUCCACCCACCCCUACUCCUUAUUCAGGACCCUCAGACAGCACUGAAUCGUCUACAGGAGCGGGUUUCGUCUCUCCUGCUCCGUUCCAGACCCCCCUCUCCGCCCACACCCACCCUAUCCCCCUCCACACUGCCUCUCCAUCCUCACGCCCCCCUCUGGGACAAAAGUGCUCUUCACGGAGGAGGACCAGACUCAGUUUCAGAGUUUUACACAUCAGAAUUAAGCAACUUCAUACAGCCAUGGGUUGCACCAGAGAGGGAAAAAGUCCAGUCUCUUGAAGUUACUCCAGUCAAGAAAACACCAGUUGUGACCACAGAAGCCGGUUUGGUCCAGGAAAAGCCUUCGGAUCAGAGCCCAGCACAGCACAGGACUACCUGUCCUCUCACUCCUUGUUCGGGUACAUCAGGCACCCAGGCUCUGCAGGACCUGAUGGAGCUUGCAGAGGAAGGCAUGACCCUCACCCAGUAUGGAUACACCAAGCACACAGCCGCAGGGGACAAGUCAGAAAAAGACGACGCCAAGAAUGAACUUCCCUCAAGUGGGUUUGUUCCAGAGACAAAUAACAAGAAGACACCCAAAAAAGUCUCAGUGUACGUUUCAAAGUUAUCAUCAGAUCUGAGCAGUAUGGUCAACAACCCUCAACUCAGUGAUGUGCAGUUACAGGUGGACAGUGGGGACGUCUUCUUCACGCACUCGUUUAUGCUGUACACACGAUGCCCCCUGCUGGCCAACAUGGUUCAUGACUCGGGUUUUGGUGUUCAGGAGGAGGGUAUGCCUGUUGCUCAGAGGGUGUUGUUGGGUGAUGUGCUUGGAGAGGCAGUACUGGCCCUCCUGCAGUAUCUUUACACAGCCCACUGUCCUCUGACACAUACACUGCUACCACACGUACAGGAGCUUGCUGAUAGGUUUGGUUUGACUGAGCUGCAACAGCAGUGUGAGGAAUAUUCCGGAAGUGUGGAGGAAAACCCAAGAGGAGAGUCUAAAAUGUUUCCAGCACCUGAGCCUCAUCUCAGGGACCAAGAAGACCAAAACUUGGCAGAAAGCAACUUCUUGGAGCUUCUCCAAUCAAUGUGGCAGCAUGGGGACAGCGAAGAAGAGGAUGAUUUUAAAGAGACUGGUGGAGAGGAAAGAAACAUGGAAGAGAAGCGAGAGAGAGGAGAGGAAGAGAAAGAGGACCAGGUCGAUGAGGAAGAGCUUGACGAGAUAUAUGAGUUUGCAGCGACACAAAGGAAGAUGGAGACGAUGUUGCAGACUGCGACAGAGGCUGAGGAAGAGGAGGGAGAUGCAAAUGCGUCCCUCGAAAAUGAAAAGAAGGAUGAAGGGAUAGAGAAAAAUGAGUCAGAAUCCCUCUUAGAGAAGUCUGCCAGCAGUUGCCAUAGUAACAAACAAGGCGUGGAUGGGACAGAGGCUGCCAUGGUAACAAGUCCAACAGAAACCCUUAAAAAGCCCAGUCCGGAGACUGAGAGAGUUAGUUUGAUUCCAGAAUUAGAUGCUGGCACAAAUGAAAACAGAGACCCAGAUGCCUGUCUAGACAAGAGCUAUGACCGUUUAUUCUCCCAGUCUGUAGGUGAAUACAUGGAACCAUCACAGACGCCAGCAUCCUGCUCUCAGCAACAACAUUACAAGCCAUCAUGCGCACUACAGCGAAACACACCUGCUCUGUUUCGGCCUUCAUGUGUCAGUGAGGUGAUUGACCUGUCUGUAAGCCCUCCGCUAAGCUUAAGUGUGUCAGGUGAGACUUCCUUUCCCAUGCCUGGUGUGUCUCCUCUUCCACAUAAGGGUGAAGAUGCAGUAGGUGAAGGGAAGUCUCCCCUAAGAAAAGACAAUUCAAGCUGGCAAGGAAUAGAAAACCCUCCUUCCCCUCCAAAUUCACACAACAAAGAAGUUGAGCUCAUUGUACUCUCAGAUGAUUCCGGUGAGGAAAUGGACAUGGAUGGUGACAACAAUAAUGCAGCUAACACUAAAUGUGCUUUGUCCCCUCAGUCUCCUUUUGAAUCUCCCUCAGAACCUCCUCAAAUGUCCACAAGCUAUGCUUGCAAAGUCAAACACACAGAGAACAGUUUCAAAGAAUCAGGAUCCCAAGGCCAUGCCGGAAAACAGGUAAAUGCUUCCAAGCAGGAGACGACUGAUGCAGAAGCCAAGUCUGACCGAUCAGAGCAAUAUAGUCCUGGGUUUGCAAAUGAAAGUGUGUUUGAUGGCUCUGCUGAGGUUUCCUGGCUGAUUCCAGCCACUCCGGUACCAUCCACACGCUGUAGCUCUGCCCAGACCUGCAUUAGCAUGCGCCGAACCCAACUCUUCCCCAAAUCUUGUUCUACAUCAUCCUCUUCUUCCUCUUCCUCGGUCUCGGACAGUUUGAAACCUGUUUCUUCAAGCAGUAAUUGCCUUAAAGAGAAGCCGGUAGCCUUGUCCAAUCUGUACAAAUCAGAUCAGAGUCUCCUUAAAGAACGCCCUAGCACUGAUACAGAUCAAUCUCCAGGUUACCAGAGACCACUUCAACUUCUAAGACUGUCUCGAGCAUCUGAUGGCUCCCACAGUGGCACCAUCAUGGGACGUCCAACCCAGGGUAUCCCACAGCCCUCAAGUAGCACUCCUCUCCAUUCAGACUCUUCUUUACAACGUCAGAUCCCGUUUGGCUCCCCUGUGGCUGGUGACUGUGAGGUUCAGCCUGGGGAUAGCAGAGGUAAUAGUGGAUCUUUUGGUAGUCAGGGGAAAGUUGGCCUAGUGUCUCUACAACUGAGUUCUCCUUCCCCUAAUAAAGCACCUGAGAAGAAGCAGAGUAGCUCUCUUCAGCAUGGAUGCUCCAGUCAGUCCUCAAACUCUCUGAGUUACAGUUAUUCUGAAAGAGCGAGAGAGAGCGAGAAUGAUGGCAUAGAACAAAUGGAAGUGGGAGAAGAACAUCCAAAUCAAAGUGUUGAAAAAGUGGUGGAUAUUGCAGGAAACUCAUUCUGUGACAAGGAUGAGCUUGGAAGAAUGGAGGGAGAAGAGGAUGCAAAUCAAAGUGUUGAAGUGGUAGAUAUUGCGGGAAACUCAUUUUGUGACAUGGAUGAGCCUCCUAUAGCGUUUGACGACUCCUGGGGUUUGGAUGGAGGGGUUGGGAGCCAGAAGCCCCACUUUAGUCUAAAACUUGACAGCAGUGAAGGUACAGAUAGUCCACCAGAUCUCAAGGGUAGGGGACAAACGACAAGUCUACAUGCCACGUCUCCUUUUGCAUCUGGAGCUUGUAACAAAACUCCUGAUCCAAGUCCAGGUCCGUUCAAUCACAGUCUACCUGACCCUUACAUGUGGGAUGAUUGGGAGGAGGAAGAGGUUGCUCCCCUUCCUCUUUCUCAGAGACUGGCAGCUCCCUCUGCCAAGAGAGUUGCUGAACUAAAGACUCCAGUUGCUUGCAGAAAGAAGAAUAAAGAACCGCUGGUACCCAUCACCCCCAUGCCAGGCUUCUCUGAUAUGGACACACCUGAGCUCAAAAACCGACUCAAUAGAUUUGGUGUGCGUCCGCUGCCAAAGAAACAGAUGGUUCUGAAGCUGAAAGAGAUCCAUCAGUACACCCACCAGCUGCAGAGCUCUGAGUCUGAGGAGGAGACCUCUGGACCCCAACGCCCCCAGAAUGCCUCCAACUCCCAGUCUGCGCCGCUCUCCUUUAAGCAACCAACAGCGCCCCCUGCUGUCUCCCCUAUGAAACUGCCACCAAGUGAAGAAGAUGAGCUUUUAUCAGCCUCUCAAAACUCAAACACGUCCUCCACUGCAGAGUCUGAGAGGUCCAACCCAGAACUAUGUGUGUCUGAAGACGAUGACUCAGACAGCGAGGGCAUCACAGCGUCUCAGGCUGUUGUGCGUGAGAAGGACAAGCUCCUCGCAGUUCGUCAGUUCAUCCUAUCCGACCCAAAACUGUACGGACGCGUGCUGCAGUACCAGCCUCUCUCCCUGGCGGAGCUGCGGUCCAGCUUGAAAGCAGCAGGCAUCAGGUUAGGUGCUGCUAAGCUACUAGACUUCCUGGACUCCCAGUGCAUCACUUUCAGUACGGCCAAACAAGGCCAGAAUGCUUCUUCCCGCAGGAAGCGAGGUGGGAAAACGAAAACUAAUGGUGUUGUAGCAGGAAGAGGGAGGAAAAAAGCAGCUAAGCCCAAAGGAGGAGUUGCAUGAGGGCUGAAAUAAAAUGUGGUAAAACUACAUCAUUGUCAGAAUAAAUUGUUAAAUGACAAUAAUGUUCAUCUUUUCAACAAAACAGUAGCUGAUAAACACAUCUAAUGCACACUCAGGGUCUUAAGCCUUCCAAUGAAGGGAUUUAAAUUUAAAUAAAUGUAAAAGUUGUAUUUUUUUUUUUUUUUUAUCUGUUUCAUAUUGAUGUUUAUUUUGUACAAUGUAUGAAGUGAAAAUAUUCUUGAAUGAAUUUAAUUUAAUUUCUGGAUAAUGUAAUUAAAAUACAUUUCUUUAUGUGUCUCAUGUUUUUAUACAAUAAUUGGUUCAUUUCAACUAUAUCGUUGUGAUUAAAUUUCGUCCAGCUGCUUUAUAUAUUCUUUCAAAAUAUAUUCAUUCCAAAUGUGCCUCUCUCAAACAAACUCCUAGCCAAAAACAAGUCAUGAAAACGGUCAUGCAAUGUGCGGGUCAUAUUUUAACAAAUUUUGCAUUGACAAUAUUUUCAUGACAAACAGGCACAUUUAACUGCACCCACCCAAUUGGUUUUAGCCUGUAAUGUAAUGUAAAAAAAGAAAGAAAAGUGAACUACAUAUGUAAGUAUAUGUAAUAUAAUGUGUCCAGAAAUUCUGAUUUUCAUUAUUGUAUCACAAUUUUUUUUUGUUUUUCCACUUGUAAUUAUAAAAAAAUAACA